AUGGCGGGAGCUCGAGAGAUACCAGUCUUCAUCGUCACGCCGCCUUCAGAGGAUGGACCGACAUCGACCGUCAGCAUAAUGAUGACGCGACAUUGGGGGCUCUGGGCCAGCGGAGCCCUGCGAAAGCUAGACCGAACAAAUGCAAAAGGGGAGAACUACUGGACCAGCGGUGACGAUGACAUCGAGCUGGUCGAGUUGUUGCCCCGGAACGACCCGCCUGCCGUUGGUGGUAGACAUAUCGCUGAAGGGAAACACAGACCGAUUGCAGCCCACGAUAGACCUUUUGCAACGGCUCCUGUCAACAAAGGAAUCCUCGAAAGGCGCCAGGGCACCAAAGAGCGAGGACGAGAUCGAAUUAGAGAGGCUCCGCAAGAGCAAUUCGUCAACAACAACGGUGACCACAGUUCAGUCUCCGAAUCAGAGAGGCUGAUUUUUUGCAAGAAUCAUUUAGCAGUCCUGGAAUCCAUCAAGUUUCGAGGUGAGAUGAUGCACGCAUUUGAGAAAGAGUGCAAGAAGCCAUGGUUCAAUGCAGACGAGUUUGAAGAUGACCUCCCACCGCUUCUUCCGCCUACAAGGCAUAUUCGAAUAAAGGCAGAGGAGUUACUGAAGGAAUUUGCCGAAAACCCAAUUGCAGAUGUCAGAGAUUUGCUUGUAGCAGGAAGGCAACGCAAGACAAGUGUCUGUAAGGCGUGGCAUGGGGUACCGGAAAUCCAUGAACAAGAAAAUGGUCGCAGUCCGUUGUUUGAGCCUAUCGUUGACCUGGUUACUGUAGGAGGCAUGGAUGAUUGGAAAGACGACAACUGUCAGGCUUGGGAGGAUAUAAUGGCUUAG